ACACCUGUUUUGAAAGGAACCAGAACAAUUUCAAAAGUAUCUAUAUAGAGGUAUUUAUUUUGUAUAUUAGUAAAGCAAGCAUUGAAAAGAACGAACGUUGCUAAGCUUGACCAUGCAAGCCCCGAGCCGUCUUCUUCGGCGUACGCAAAACGGUGAAACACCCAAGAACUUCCCAUUGCCUACAGCAUCUUGGAGAGUCUCAAGUGCAAACUAUAUCAAAUCGAAGUUGGAUUCAGUGAGGCCACAAUUGAUUAAUGCGGUAUAUGAAGAGCAUUCGGACAUCAAGCUUGUAGUACUAGACCUAAUAAAUAAGCAACAAAUAUACACGAGCAGAAACCUUGCUUGGUAUAAGAUAAUCCCGGUUCUUAAAUACAAGGAUGAGCAAAAACAGUUACCGCCACCCCCAACAGCAAUCGAUGAGAUUGCUAGUUACACAAUGCAACUAGCAUCCAUUCCCAACUUCGAGCUUACGAAGAACAACGUGAUGAUCAAGGCGGAUUUGUUUUCUUCGUUAAGAAAUGAAACAGACAGCAUUGAUAAGAACCUAAUCAAGUCACUUCUCAUUUACGAGAUAAUGAACCUGCGAACAGUCUAUGACACGAGAGCCAAUGACCAAAUCAGCGACUACUUCAGAUUACUAGAUUAUGAUACUGAUACACACUAUCUCAUUAGUUUGCUGUAUUUCAUGAACCCACACGGAUUAGACUUAAAUGGCCGAUUGAACCAGAUCAUAAAGAUCUUAUCCAACUUCAAGGCAAAAAUGCCAUAUAAAGUGAAUACCGAGGAUUGGGAGUUUUUAAUUCGAUUAACAAACUCAAACUUGAAUACAUUCGACACAGCACACCAGACUAAGUUUUCAUUUCUAUUUUCCAAACUCACCUCUCUUGCCACUGAUGUCCAUUCUUCCUAUUGGUGUCAUGAUUUGGUUGGAAUGCUUCGCUUUCUUAGAAAUGCCGAGUCUGGAUACGAAGAUUUGGCACCUAAUAGCCAGCAAAGUGGAGUAGUCAGGUUCAAUAUAAACUAUUUCAGAUUUAUUAUACUUGAGCGAGCAAUUAGGGAGUGGAACAAGGACUCAUUGACAGGCAAGACGUGGGACCAGUACAACUUUGAAAAUCAAUGGAAAACGGUGUGGGAUAUGUACUACGACAAUAAUCAUAAUGACUUGAGUCCUCCUGGGGGACCUUCGAUCAAGAACCAUGUGAGAAAAAUAGUGGGAUUAUAGGCAUUUGGAGUUGUAAUAACUGGCUUGACGUUUUUGACUGGAACAAAAGAUUAAUAUAAAUAAUAAAUAAAAAAAUUAUAAACUAUUAGGAACGAAGAAAACAGUCGUUGUUUUUC